AUGUCAGCAGAAACUAAACCAAUAAAUAUAAAUGAGUUCCAAAUCGCAAUAAAGGAUUUAUCAGAUGAAAAUCUUCAUUCAAUAAAAAAUCAGUUAAUAAAUUCUAUUUCCAAAUUAGAAGACACUGAUGAUAUAUUAGAAAAUGAAAUAAUAUCUACCAAGGAAGAGAUAUCUAAUUUAAAAGAAAGCGAAAGUCACGACCAAUUGAAGAAUGACUUGGAUUUAUAUAGUGAAUCUAUCGAAGAAAAUACGAUAGUAAUUGAAAAUCAGAACCAGCGAUUGGUUGCGUUGAAUGAAGAAUUGAAGAGAAGGGGAUUAGUAACACUGGAGUCAGGGAAAGAAGACAAUGGUGUCUAUCUUUGA